AUGGCCAACACGACGCCCAACACUCUGCCAACCUGGCCGCCGAGCUCGCUGACGGUGCAGCAGAUCGGCCACCUCGCCCACCUCGCGACCGACUACGCCCUUGCCAACGGCAUCGUCUACCGCCCUCUUCCCCCGCCCGCGUCCUCGUCCCCGUCCUCGUCCUCGUCCUCGACCGACGCACCUGCGCCGACGCCGCCGUACGACAGCGUGAUCCACGCCCCCUUUUCCCUCGUCCCCUCUCCCUUUCCUCGCCCGCUCUUUGACUACGCCCAGUCGCUGCAGCCCACCUACGACGUCCUCUAUGCCUCGCUCGCCUCGUCGCCCGACUUUCUCAAGCGCGUCGUCGGCGGGAGCGUGUCCAAAGUCGACAGCUUCCAGGCGUCCCUCUGGAAGAUCUACCAGCAUCUCCAGAAUCCGGACCGGCGCAGCAGGCAGAGGCUCGGCCUCGGCCUCUUCCGCAGCGACUACCUCCUCCAUCGCCCCGACGACGACGAGGACGGCAAAGAGGGGCGGGCAAGCGAGCUGCAGCUCAAGCAGGUCGAGUUCAACACCAUCUCGGCCAGCUUUGGCGCGCUCUGCACAAAGGUCGCCGCCCUGCACCGCCACGUCGCGCGCAACUCGGCAGGAUACUUUGGCGCCCACGACGGCAAGCUCGCCGAGCUCGACCGGCUGCCCGAGAACGAGGCGCUCGAUGUCCUCUCUUCCGGCCUGGCCGCGGCGCACAAGGCCUACCUCGAGCAGCGAGGGCUCGCCCCUGCGGCCGCCGAUGCAGCCAAGGCGCCGCUGCCCCUGAGCCCCGUCGUCCUUUUUGUCGUACAGGAACACGAGCGGAACGCCUUCGACCAGCGCUGGAUCGAGGACAGCCUGACGACGACGCACGGCAUUCCCGUGCUGCGGCAGACAUUUACGCAGCUGCAGACCAGCGCCAUGCUCGAGGGCGCCGAUCGAAGGCUCCACGUCGUACCGUCCUACGGCGGCGAGGCGAUCGAGGUGUCGGUCGUCUACUUCCGAGCCGGCUACGGGCCAGGCGACUACCCGACCCAGUCCGAGUGGGAGCUGCGCGAGCGGCUCGAGUCGUCGUACGCCAUCAAGUGUCCGACGGUGGCGCUGCAGCUGGCGGGGGCCAAAAAGGUGCAGCAGGUGCUUUCGGAGCCGCAGUGCACCGAGUCGAUCCUCCUCGACGCUGCCAAGACGGGCGGCCGCGCCGUGUCCAAGGACGAGGUGGAGCGGGUGCGACAGAGCUACACGGACCUGUACCCGCUCGACGCGUCGGCGCUGGGACAGGAGGCCUACCGUCUCGCGCGCGCGCAGCCGCACCGGUUCGUCAUGAAGCCGCAGCGCGAGGGCGGCGGCAACAAUGUAUACCGACACGAUAUCCCGCCCGCUCUCGACGAGAUGGAACGUCUCGACGCCCAGGGCCUUGUCACACCAUCCACCGCCGGCAGUAUCGACGGCGGCGGCGGUGGCGAAGGAGAGGCGGUCAAGAGGCGAGAGGGGUACAUCCUCAUGUCCCUCAUCCAGCCGCCGCCGGGUAUCGGAAACUGGCUCGUCAAGGCCUCAUCCGCAUCCUCCGUCUCGCCGGGCGCGGCGGUACUGGCGCACGACGUCGUAUCGGAACUCGGCGUCUACGGUUCCAUCCUCUACCGCGACCACGACGACGAAGGGGCAGAGGGAAAGAUCGAGGCGAGGGAGAGCGACGAAGGCGGCGUCGCUGUCGGAUUCAGCGUCAUCGACAGUCCCGUCCUCCUCUAG